ACUCCGUCUAGGACCCUGCGGAAUCUCUUCCGGUCUGCCGGCCUCUGCGGCGCACGAGAGCGGAGACACCGGAGCGGGCCAGGCCGGCAAGGGAGGAGGUGGACCGGGAGAGACGCGGAGGGAAGACCGGGCAGCGCGCGACUACCGGAGGGUACAGGCCUGGGGCUGGCGAAACGGGGAAAGGGAAGAUCGGAAGGUUUGAAGACGGAAGAAGAACCGAUCUUCCAAAAAUCACUUCCACUCUUUUUUUUCCCAACUUCAUUUGAAUCACAAACUAAAAAUAAAAUCUUCCUCUUAAUUGACAAUGCCAUCCAACGCAGCGGCUGCCAAUCCUGCAUUCAAAACUUCCGACUUGGACUGUGACGCAGCAACGAAAAAAACGAGGGCAGAGCGGGCGGAGCAGGAAGUGAAGGACGCCUCGCAAGAAGUGAGUCUGACAAACGCUCCACCACGCAGAGUUGGUCGGCCUGCCAGAAAACGCAAAGCUCCACCUGUGAACAGCUGUGACUCUGUGAAGGAAGGGAAGGAGGCGGAGUUGAACGGCGAGGCAGAAAACGGGAUUUCCCAGGGUGCUUUGCAGCGGCAGCGCACCCCCAGCCCAAACCCAGCCCUGCAGAACGGCGUGUCGAGCUCCCCCGAGCAGGAGAAGUCGCCCCCUCGCAAGAAACGUGGACGCCGGAAACUAGCACAUCCGGAAAAACCGAGGCAGUAUGUCAAGUCUGAAGACGUGGAGGAGGAAGAGGAAGAGAAGAGCUGUGACUUGCUCAGGAUCGAGGAAGAAAACCGUGGAAGAGGAGGACUGCGCAGGAAGCCCGUCCCCAGAAUCACCUUUCAGGCAGGAGAACCCUACUACAUCAGCAGGAGAGAGAGGGAGGAGCUGGCCAAGUGGAAGAUGGAGGCUGAGAAGAAGGCCCAGCAGGCGGCCGUCAUGAACACGAUGAACGACCUAUCAGGAGCCGAGCCUCAGAAAAAGGAGGAGUCGGCGCCCAUUUCCCCGCCCACACCCAUGCCCCCAGCUCCGAACCCACCCCCAGUGCAGCAGCACACAGACCCUGCCUCCCCCACUGUUGCCACGACACCAGAGCCCGUCCCUAUUGCCAGUGGCACCAAGACUAUGGCCAAGCCUUCGGACCCAGAGGCGGAGUAUGAGGACAACUGUGGGUUUGGCAUCGGUGAGCUAGUGUGGGGGAAGCUGCGGGGCUUCUCCUGGUGGCCCGGCAGGGUCGUGUCCUGGUGGAUGGCCGGACGCAGCCGCGCCGCCGAGGGCACCCGCUGGGUCAUGUGGUUUGGAGACGGAAAGUUCUCAGUGGUGUGUGUAGAGAAGCUGCUGCCCAUGGGCUCUUUCUCCACAGCCUACCAUCAACCCACCUACAACAAGCAACCCAUGUACAGGAAAGCCAUCUUCGAAGUGCUACAGGUGGCCAGUACACGUUCGGGUAAGGUGUUCCCCGAGUGUGUGUCGACCGAUGAAUCCGACUCGGCAAAGAAUGUGGAAAUGCAGAACCGUCAGAUGAUUGAGUGGGCCAGCAAUGGGUUCCAGCCCCUAGGGGCCAAAGGCUUAGAGCCUCCAGAGGCGGAGCGUAACCCAUACACAGAGGUGGACGUGGAUGCGUGGGCGGAGCCAGAAGCUGCCUCGUAUGCCCCGCCCCCUGCCAAGAAGCCACGCAAGAGCACCAUGGAGAAGCCCAAGAUCAAAGAGAUCAUCGAUGAGGGAACAAAGGAGAGGCUCAUAUAUGAAGUCAGACAGAAGUGCCGAAAUAUUGAAGAUAUCUGUAUCUCCUGUGGGAGUCUGAAUGUGUCUCGGGAACACCCGCUCUUCAAUGGAGCCAUGUGCCAGAGCUGCAAGAACUGUUUUCUGGAGUGUGCGUAUCAGUAUGACGACGAUGGCUACCAGUCCUACUGCACCAUCUGCUGUGGAGGUCGGGAGGUGCUCAUGUGUGGUAACAACAACUGUUGCAGGUGUUUCUGUGUGGAGUGUGUGGAUCUGUUAGUGGGUCCAGGUGCAGCACAGGCGGCGAUCAGAGAAGACCCGUGGAACUGCUACAUGUGCGGCGACCGCAACGUGUACGGAUUGCUGCGUCGCCGCGACGACUGGCCCACCCGCCUACAGCACUUCUUUGCCAACAACCACGACCAGGAUUUUGAGGCACCCAGACUCUAUGCCCCAAUAGUAGCUGAGAAGAGGAAGCCCAUCCGUGUGCUGUCUCUGUUUGAUGGCAUCGCCACAGGCUUAGUGGUGCUGCGUGACCUGGGCCUCCAGGUGGAACGCUAUGUGGCGUCUGAGGUGUGCGAGGACUCCAUCACUGUGGGCAUGGUCCGGCAUGAGGGCAGGGUCAUGUACGUGGGCGACGUCCGCACCGUCUUGCACAAGCACAUUCAAGAGUGGGGUCCAUUUGACCUGGUGAUUGGUGGGAGCCCUUGCAAUGACCUGUCCAUAGUCAACCCUGCCAGGAAAGGCCUUUACGAAGGGACAGGUCGUCUGUUCUUUGAGUUCUACCGGCUGCUUCAUGAGGCCCGGCCCAAGCCUGGCGAUGACCGGCCUUUCUUCUGGCUCUUCGAGAACGUGGUGGCCAUGGGUGUCAGCGACAAGAGAGACAUCUCACGCUUCCUGGAGUGUAACCCUGUGAUGAUCGAUGCCAAGGAAGUGUCGGCUGCCCACCGUGCUCGAUAUUUCUGGGGCAACUUGCCUGGCAUGAAUCGGCCACUGACUGCUAUGGUAAAUGAUAAAUUGGAUCUGCAAGACUGUCUGGAGCAUGGGCGCACAGCCAAGUUCGACAAACUGAGAACCAUCACCACUCGGUCUAAUUCUAUCAAGCAGGGCAAAGAUCAGCACUAUCCUGUCUACAUGAGCGAGAAGGAGGACAUCCUGUGGUGUACUGAGAUGGAACGGGUGUUUGGCUUCCCCGUGCACUACACAGACGUGUCCAACAUGAGUCGGCUGGCCAGGCAAAGGCUUCUGGGAAGGUCCUGGAGUGUCCCCGUCAUCAGGCACCUGUUCGCCCCACUGAAGGACUACUACGCUUGUGUCUAGGCAACGCCCCACCCCUCUCUCUUGACCCUUGACCCUUCUAAUCACAACUUGGCAGUGACUCCGCCCCUCGGUGCGAGAUCUCGUAGAUCCGUCUCCUCCCACUUCUCUCUCUCAUCUCUGCAGAGGUGCUAUCUAAGGACAACUUUAACCAAUCAAAAAACAAUGUUUUUAAGUGUCUUUAAAAAAGAAAAAAAAAGAAAAAAACAAUGCAGAUGUUGUCAUCUUUUUUUCCCGUUGUAUUUACUUCUCUUAAUGUACGUUUUGGUUUGUUUUUCAUGGUCUUGAUGAUUUUGUUUUGGUGUAAACUGGUUUGCAUGUCUGAGCUGUACAAAAAACAAGGCUUCCCACUCAACAGCACGGACACAGAGAGAUAUGCUUGAGAGACAGGUGUACUGUGAAUCUGUGUGUGUGUGUGUGUGUGUGUGUGUGUGUGUGUGUGUGUGUGUGUGGGUGUGUGUUUUGGGUACAGAAACAGAUCUUGGACAAUUUGGAGCACAAACUGAAGGACAUAUUGGAGGGAGGAUUACAUUCCUUUUUUCCCCACCCUCCAUACACACACACACACACACGCAGACACACAUACACAUGCAGACACGCAUACACC